AUGCUCGUGGAGCUCAGCAGGUAUCGCGUCCGUUCUAAGCGCUUUCCGGUUGGAGGGUUGUUGCACGGCCUUGAUGGUUUCGUGGAGAGAGAGCGGGAGCUCGAGGUCGGCGUUGAUCUCCUACUGAGACAGCGGGACGAUAGCGGCGUCGGAGAUGUUGGAGGGACGGUUGAGGACGCCUCUGAAGUGCUCAGUCCAUGGCUAAAGAAUUUGUGUCUUCUCAGCGAGUAUGGUGCUGCCGUCGGCGCUGAUGAGAGGUUCAGUACCUUGGGCUAG